AUGGAUUCUUCUCCUCCACCACCGGAAUCAGUACAGGAACCAACUCCAUUAUCAGACUCCGAAAAGCGUCUUGCAAAACUGCAACAAAGUUCGAAUAAUUCAAGUGAACCUUCCCAGCCUACUGCAUCGUCCUCUAAAACAGUGCCUGCGCGAGCAAGUAUUUUACCAAAAACGCCUGUCCAAGAAAAGCCUGCAUCGCCGAUCAAAAAAUAUUCGCUACCUGUUAAUAAAGAGCAACUUCCUGAGAGGCUUGGCCCUAGUCAAUUUGUAUCAAGAUUAUUAGCAGAAUUUGAUUCUCCCGAAGGAUUACCUUUAGAUUUUAUUAAAGAAGUAGUAUAUAAAGUCGAUGAUGAAGGAUUCGACAAGCAAUAUCGCCAAGAGCGCGAAAGCACACUCCGUGCUGAUGAGCGAUCAGCAACCUCUUACAUGUCACUUGGAAACGAAACAGUAAAUAUGUUGGUAUAUAUGACAUCUGAAGUUGCGGACCCAUUCCUUACACCUCAAAUGGUUGAAAGAUUGGCAGCGAUGUUGGAUUAUAAUUUAAAGUCACUAGUUGGGCCAAAAUGUACAGAACUUAAAGUUAGAAAUCCAGAGACAUACAGUUUUAGACCUAAAGACUUAUUGUCGCAAUUGGUUAAUAUUUAUUUGAAUUUAUGUAAACAUAAAGAAUUUAUACAAGCAGUCGCAAGGGAUCGUAGAAGUUACGAUAGAGCGUAUUUUUCAAAAGCAGCUAGUAUUUUAUUGAAAUUUGGAUUAAAUUCAGAGAAGAAUGUCAGUGUGUUGGAGAAAUUUGUUAAUGAAGUAGAAAAAACAAUUAAAUUGGAACUUGAAGGAGAAGAAGAGUUGGGUGAUGUUCCAGAAGAAUUUUUGGGUAAACGGACUAGUUAA